UCAAAAUUUUUCUCUCAUCAUGUCGCAUGCCAACUACUUCAUUCAGAUCGGUUGGCGGAUGCGGUUUGGAUUGCUUUGAGUGGUUGAUUGGACUGGAGCUGUUGCGUCGGAUCACUUUUUGCCAGUAUAGAAGUAAAUUUUUACUGUGGCAUUUAAGUAUAAACCGCGGUUAAGUUCGAGUGCGUGUAUUCUUUGAACAUUGAGCUUUGCGUGUGCGAUUUCAUUCAAUAUUAAUGACAAUAAAACGAGCACCUUGGAAGAAGGUCAUUGGCCAAUAAAUAUCUAUCAAGACUUUCACUUUUAAUAACGAAAAAUAUCCUAAAACUCGCCACUGCAUUUCACAGCGUACAAAGAUGACAAACCAUAAGGAUAAGACCAUACGUGUGGGCUCCAGAAAAAGUGAAUUAGCGCUCAUUCAAACGAAACAUGUCAUUGCACGUUUACAAAAACUCUAUCCCAAAAAGAAAUUCGAAAUCCAUACCAUGUCAACGAUAGGCGAUCGUGUUCUCAAUAUAUCACUGCCAAAAAUAGGCGAGAAAAGCCUUUUCACACGUGAUCUCGAAGACGCAUUACGCAACGGUGGUGUAGAUUUCGUUGUACAUUCGCUUAAAGAUCUACCCACCGCGCUUCCAACUGGUAUGGCGAUUGGUGCUGUGCUUGAACGUGAAGACGCUAGAGAUGCUUUGGUGCUGCGUGAGGAAUACAAGGGUCACACCAUCGAAACAUUGCCAAAGGGUUGUGUGAUAGGCACUUCUUCACUUCGACGCACAGCUCAAAUCCGUCGGCAAUAUCCUCAUUUAACCAUUUGCGAUAUACGCGGUAAUCUGAAUACACGUCUUGCGAAAUUGGAUGCCACUAAUUCGAAAUUCGCUGGCAUAGUACUUGCACAAGCUGGCCUUGUACGCAUGGGUUGGGAGCAGCGUAUCAGUCAGGUACUAGAACCGACCGAUUUGCUAUAUGCUGUCGGCCAAGGUGCCUUGGCUGUUGAAUGUCGUGCGAAUGAUGAGGAAGUACUCUCAAUGUUGCAGAGUUUAAUGUGCCUGUCAACAACCUGUCGCAUAUUAGCCGAACGUAGCUUCCUCAAGACUUUAGGUGGUGGCUGCAGUGCUCCCGUAGCAGUUUGGAGUAAUUUAGAUGGUGAUUUAACUGAAACAAAUCAAAAUAACUGUAACAGCGCUUUGUCUUUGGUGGGCGCCGUCUGGAGUUUGGAUGGUGCUACCGAAAUACGUGACAAGAAAGCCUGCAGCUUCGCCGUAGAAGAAGUGAAAAAAGCUGAUAACAAUGAUAAUGCUAAUUUAGUUGAAGAUAGCGACGACGAUAGCAGUGAUCAACCGCCUACUAAACGACGCCGAAGCAACGAGUCAAGCAGUCCGGAACAACGUCACAGUCCUCCAGUGAUAAAUGACGAUGCAGAAAUAGAAAAGCUUACAACCGCCUACAGCAUGGGCGAUAUCAUUGAAAAACACAUAAGCUUAGCAAAACAUUGCCCUGUCAUUAGCGCUGAUUUACACAAAAUAGAAAUGAUAAACAAUGCAGAAAAUGGCAAUGAUAAUGGAAAUAUUAGCGCAAACUUGGAUUUGCGCGCUAGCGGCGACUCGAACGCUAACAAUCCGCAUUGCCCCUUAAAAAUGGAUGUAGGGCAAGAUUUUAUGGGCGAAUGCCCAUUUGUAAGUAAAGAAGAAAAGAUUACAUUGGCUACAGCGGGGAAAUGUCCCGUUACCAAAGAACUCGUACAAAAACCGAAAGAAGAAACUGACAAUGUUGUCGUUGCGGCCUUACCGUCUACCUCAAAAUGCCCGUUCGCCAGUAUGCACAGCACAGCGAAAGACAAUGAGUUUUCAAGCAGUGCGCCAGACGCGGCAGCGGGCAAGUGUCCGUUCCUACAGAAAACUGUAAAAAUGUUCGACUAUGCUGAUGAAGAGAAGCCACAACCGAAGUCGAUUCCGGUGCUGAUUGAAGAUGUAGAUAAUCUCUACUGCGGUUUGUAUCAGCAUGCUUGUUACAAUCGUGAAUUGUAUAAACGUAGUGAUGCCUUGGGUCAACAAUUGGCUGAGGAAUUGAUUAAAAAGGGUGCCUUAGAGGUUAUGAAAUGCGCGCAAGCGGAAAUACAUAGCAAAGCAUAAUAAUGGAAACUUGAGAUACGUCUAACGUUUGUAACUUUACAUUAAAAUAAAAACUGCAAUACUAUUAAAGUUUUCCCUUCAUCCAUGACCCUUAAAAUCUAGCUGGUAGAGAUAAAAGUGAACUUUUUCGUUGAAAUAGCUUAUUUCCCUAAUUUUUUUUGAAAAUGUUUGAAUACUUAAGCCCGGUAUAUAGAGGGAAUAUCUAUGUUAACAUUUUUUACUAUUUUAAUAUUAUUGCCGAGUUUACUUUGUGUAAAUUGAAAAUGUGUAUUUAGUGUAGUUUAUUAAGUGCAAAUUUAUUCUUUUUCAUGAGCCUAUUUUUAAUAUGAUUUUUUACGAAAUGGGGAAACGUAAAGGUGACUUGCAUAAUUUGUUGUUGAACAUAUUUAUUACUUUAUAUGUGCAUACAUACCUGUAUAUGUAUCAUGGAUUGAAUAUGUGUAUUUAAAAUAUUUACCGAAAAUAAAACUAAUUCUAUUGAAAUUAA